AGCUUUAUAAAAAAUGUUGGGAUUUUGAUCCACAGAAGCGUCCAACAACAAAAGAAAUUUUGACGACUUUAGACAAAAUAUUAGAAGAAACAACUUCUGAAGCGUUUAUUAUAAAUCGUAAUCGACGACCCGUACCUAUUUUAACCAGGAACGUUCCACCUACUUUACCUGUUGUACCAUCUACACAGAUUUAUAGAGAACCUAGUCCAAGAAGUCUUAAGCCUGAAAUGAUAUCGAAUCGAUCAAAUUCUCAUAAUCAAGAUUGUUCAAAAAUCUCCGAGGAUUCGGCCACUUUAUUAAAAGUUUAUUCAAGAAACACAAUUACAAUAUUGGUUCGGGGACGAUAUUGA